CGCAGACUCAUGUGUAGAGCUCGGCUUGUGUAGUCCACAAGAAGAAAAAAGCCUUUAAAGUCUUCUCUCCCAGCUGGACAGAUGGACCUCAGACCUCAAAGUUCCGUACUGAUUGCAACAAUUGUUAUGGUGAAUAUUAUUUGGUGGAUGGUAAUGAUAGCAGCCAUUGGAGUGGGGGCCACAACUCUGAGCCUGUGUCCUGUGCAGCCGUACAUCCCCAUUUACCUGCUGGUACUGGGGGCAAGCAGCAUCAUCUCUCUGUCUGCCACCUACAUGAGCAGGACUAACACGGAUGGAGCCGUCCACACCUUCACUUUGACCUGUAUGGUCUUCCUGCAUCUCUUCAGUUUUGUCUGGUUGAUAGUGGGCACCUGCUGGAUAUAUUCCAUAUAUCCUCCAAAUUACGCUGGACCGGAUCGGCACUGCCACAAGACAACCUACCAGUUUGCCUUUGUUGUCACCACACUGCUGUGGGUUAUUAUGGCCCUCGUGUUCUUCUGCGGCGGCUGCUUUGCUCUGCUGACCUGCUGCACCACUAUAGUUGCAACACGCCACCUCAUACCCAACCGUGUUAGCUUUUAUGGUGCAACAUCAGAUAUUACAGACUCUUCUUCCGGCAAUGUGUGAUUUACAUCUUGGUUGAUGUCUGUAAAAUACUUA